GACUGAAGAAUCUUGAAUACACAGAGGAUAUCGAUAUGUCUAAGAACUAUGACAACUGGGAAAAACUUGUCGGAGCUGUUCUUAAGAAAGAGCAGCUCCGGCAAAUUGCUCUGUGUCGUGAUUUAUCGUCUUCUUCUUCUUCUUCAUCAUCGUCGUCUACCUCUAGUUUCAGCUCAACUCGUACUUCUCUGUUUCAUCAUCAAUUUCUUGUUUACAACGGGCGCAUCCCUCCGCCAAUUAAUGUACCCUCAUCCGGCACAACAAUUCAUGGGAAGUGCGUUUUUCUUCCGGUGGAAGCAAGAGAAUUGACAAUAUCCAGUAUAAACUUCCCGGAGAGACACUUCUUAUAUUCAUCUUCUCACUGCAUCAAUUUCAGUUGUUUCGAGGUGGUAGAGGUUGAUUCUGUUUCGUCAGUCGAUAUCCGAGGAAAGAUAAAAACAAGAUUGCUCUCGCCGAGGACAAUUUACGGAGCAUAUCUAUGGUUUAUUAUAACAUCAGCUAAUAAAAAAAUGAUGGGUCUUGAUUCACUAAAGGCCAUGAUCAGAUUUGUGAACACUGAAACGGACGGUGAUGCUGAGACGAGAGAACAGCAGAUUCACGUGCAAACACAUGCCUGCAAUCGAGAGGAAGAAGGUAAACGCGACUCCUCUUCUGGUUCUGAAAAAGAUCUUAGAGGAAGCUUUAAUUCUUCUUCCAACUCCGUCUCUAGAACGUUGGGGCUGUGUGAUUCUUCACCUGCUGAUGCUUGUGCCCCUUGUGGUCUCGAUGAAGCGAGCACAAGGAUGGUGAAGAUGGCACAAAUUCUACCCAACUCAGGAGUUUCAGAACCUGCCCAGAAGGUGUUCGACAAAAUGUCUGAACCAAUUCCGGAAAAAAAAAACAUGCAGCACCUGUCAAAGCUGCAUAUAAUUCUUUUUUUCGCCAAGAAUAGAGUGCCCAAGAACGGAUUCCUGCUCCCCGACUUCCCCGAAAAAGUGGAAGAAGACAUGAUAUUUCAGCCCGAAGAUGAAAGUGAAAUCGAGGAAACAUUCGGCAUUUGUUUAUUGGGCUAUUUUGCUGGGAUUGGAUUUACGGGUUCAUUGGGGAUAUGGAGAAUUAGGGAUUUUAGAAUAGAAAUAGGGGAGGAGAAUGACGUGUCGCUCCACAUCACGUUUCGUCGACCAACUAGGCACUGGGUGUUAACAACAGUGCAAACACAUGCCUGCAAUCGAGAGGAAGAAGGUAAACGCGACUCCUCUUUUGGUUCCGAAAAGGAUUUUAGAGGAAACUUUAAUUCUUCUCCCAACACCGUCUCUAGAACGUUGGGGUCGUGUGAUUCUUCGCCUGCUGAUGCUUGUGCCCCUUGUGGUCUCGAUGAAGCGAGCACAAGGAUGGUGAAGAUGGCACAAAUUCUACCCAACUCAGCAGUUUCAGAACCCGCCCAGAAGAAUAAAGUGCCCAAGAACGGAUUCCAGCUCCCCGACUUCCCCAACGAAGUGGAAGAAAACAUGAUAUUUCGGCCCGAAGAUGAAAGUGAAAUCGAGGAAACAUUCGGCAUUUGUUUAUUGGGCUAUUUUGCUGGGAUUGGAUUUACGGGUUCAUUGGGGAUAUGGAGAAUUAGGGAUUUUAGAAUAGAAAUAGGGGAGGAGAAUGACGUGUCGCUCCACAUCACGUUUCGUCGACCAAGUAGGCACUGGGUGUUGUACAGCUCGACAUUUAACGGCCACAUAGACGUCACGUGA